AUGGCGCCGCAGCAACAUCGAGUGAGGCAACAUCUGCCCUCCCCGCCGGUCUCGUUCACGACUCGCAAGCACAAGAUCCUGGAGCAACUGAGCGUGCCCGACGCCGAGUACACGGACGCCUCGCCCAAGGGCUCCGUGGACGUCGGCAUCCGUGAGUUGAUCGACGAGCUCAAUGCCCUUGACGGUUUUGUCACAACGAGCAGCUGCGCGGGGCGAGUGAGCGUUUUCCUCGAAGGUCGCAGGGCGGCAGUGGUGCCAGCUUCUGCUUCCACUGGGACGGCCGCCUUUGGCGAGCCCCAUUCUCAGUCGGCAACUCAGAGUGACGACAACAGUAGCACCAUCGCGACGAUAGCAGGCCCCGGGGGAAAGGGAGGCGGCGGCACGUGGCUAUUCGUAUCGCAUGAUCCCGUACCUGAAUCGAACGAUGGCGACGAGAAGCUGUUGCACCUGCUAGGUCUCGUGGGCGAGAAGGAGGCAACCGCCCAAAGCGUGGCCGGAGAGUCGGGCAGCGCUCAGCCUGGGCGGCGGAGAAAGCGGCUCAUUCACUUCAAGUUCGAGCCCAUGAUUCUCCAUGUCCUCACGGCUUCCCUGGCGCACGCUCAGCUCCUGCUCAAAUGCGCAUUCGCAGCCGGUUUCCGGGAAAGCGGCGCCCUGAACCUGCUCCCCACCAUCACUGCCACCGAACUGCAAGACGACUCAUCGUCGCCGGUGACGCCCAUGGUGGGGGUCAGGACAAUGGGCCUAGCACUCGAGUCCUUGAUCGGCUACGUCGACGAUAGCGACGAUGCCCGACACUGCACCGUCUCAGUGGACUACCUGCGGGAUCUGAUGCAGAUUGCCAAUGAGCGCUUCACAGAGAACGCGGCAAGGAUCGCGAGGUUCCGGGCCGCCUUGCAAGACGCCUUGGCGGGGCCUCCGCCCAAGCUGGGCGAAGGGGGUGUGGAGUGGGAGGACGCUGCUGCCCGGAGAGAGCGCAAGAGGGCCGAGGGUUUACGUCGCAAAGAAGAGUUGCUGGCCGCUAGACAGAAGACGCAAACGCAUUCUCAGUCUCAGACUGAGAGCCGGGAACCUCCAUCAGAGGACCCGGUCGGGCUGCCUGAAUACGAACUCCAUGGGCUGAUGUGA